CCCCCCGCCGCGCCCCCGGACUGUGGGACUGGCGCAGCUGGGGCUCACAGCACCAUGAUGGACCUGUUCGAGACCGGCGCCUACUUCUUCAGCGACCUGCGCUACCUGGACGGGGACAAUGGCGCGCUGCCCCACCUGGAGAUGGCGGGCGUGUCCCCCCUGUACCAGGGGAGCGACGGCGCCCCGUCGCCCGGCCCCGGGCGGGUCCCGUCCGAGACGGGGGGCGAGAGCAGCGGGGGGGAGGAGCACGUGCGGGCGCCCGCGGGGCUCCAGCCGCACCGCCCGGGGCAGUGCCUGGUCUGGGCCUGCAAGACCUGCAAGAGGAAGUCGGCCCCCACUGACCGGCGCAAGGCGGCCACGCUGCGGGAGCGGCGGCGGCUGAAGAAGAUCAACGAGGCCUUCGAGGCCCUGAAGAGGAAGACCGUGCCCAACCCCAGCCAGCGGCUGCCCAAGGUGGAGAUUUUACGCGGCGCCAUCAGCUACAUCGAGAAGCUGCAGGACCUGCUCCGCACGCUCGACGAGCAGGAGAAGAUGCAGGAGAAAGACGCGUUCGGCUACAGCGCCAAGCAACAACACGUUUCCAAUACGGAGUACCACGGGAGAAAGUCUUGCCAUAACUGGCAAAGCAUUGCAGAUCAUUCCAAUGUGCUGAUGACGAAUCAAAGAGAGGGAACUGCUGUCGAGUCCUCCGGUUCAACCAGCCUACGUCAUCUGUCUUCAAUUGUGGACAGUAUUUCGAGCGAAGAACAGAAAAAAAUCAGCGAGGAGGCGUCGGAAACAUAAAAUAAUUGAAUAAUGAACGAUGAAGAAUUUUAUACACAAACUACACAAAACGUUCUCAUUUCCACCAUGUCAUUUCAAAUAAUUUCUUGGUUAAUUGAUUCUGGGAUUGACAUGGGUAAUAUAUAUUUUUUUUUUUUCAAUCAGCAAUAGAAUUAUUCAUGUUUUAUUUUCCAAAACAUCUACACAGUCUUCGUCCAUUUUUAUUACCUAAAGGACACAAAGGAUUGAAAGUACAGUUGUCUUUUUUAUUUUAUUUUAAACAGAAUAUAUAUGUACAUUUUUCCAGAAAUUUAAAUGUUGUAAAUAUUUUAUACUGGAUAACAAAUUAAAUUAUUUUAUAUGUCAAAGUUUUAAAUUAAAUAAAAAAUUAAGAUUUGUAUUGUCAUUGCAAUGUGUGCCUCCGGAUUAAACAUCAAAGGCAUAACUAAGCUAUAUUUGUGUUGUCAAUGUGAAAAACACAAAAUAGAAACAAAGCUUUAUUUCGAGAGGAUAUACUGAAUACAUUUUUCAACAUAUGAAAAUGGGUUUUUGGCACUGGCGCAUUUGAAUAAACCAAUGAUUGUUGAAAAAGUGAGUGCUGUCCAAUCAUAUAAUACAUAAAGUCAGUUAUGUAUCAGUCAAGUCUUCUACAUAAACACAUCCAAGUCUCUCCUUCAUGGUGAGCUCUCAAUUUCUAAUUUAUUUAAUUUUUUUCUGUACUUUAGCCAAUUACUAAAAACAAUUGCUGCUUUGCAAUAGGGCCUUUUCAGGCAUAUCUAGAGCAUCCAUUUUGUGUUUCUCGAUGACUUUGAGUUCCCGCUAGCGAGCCCAUUCGCAGCUUUCUAUGUUCCCCUGGCUUUGAGUGGAGUAUUAACUGCUGAGGCUGGCCGGAACGCUCUCCUCUUCUCCUCCCGGCUAUUUAAAGGACGAAAAACGACACCGAGUCCAAAAUAGGCUUGGCUUUUUCUUUGCGCCUAGCUGACAAUAAGCUAGUCACAGUGCAUCCAGUACAG